CUCCUCCCGCGGAGGCCGCUCUAGAAGCUUCUGGGCCGCUCGGCGGGGGCGGCGCUGUGGAGACGGCCGCGGAGCCGCGCCUCGCCGGAGCCUGAGCCGUCGUGCAGGGCCGCGCUUUCCACGCCGCGUGCAGGCACCAGAGCUGCAGGGAGGGACCCGGCCAUGACCGCGGAGGAGGCCAAGGCGGAGGAGAUGAGCGCGGCCGGGGGCGGCGAGGGGGGCGCCGACAUCACCCCCAAGCAGGACGGCGGAGUCCUCAAGAUUACCAAGAAAGGAGGCGUAGGGACAGAAUGUCCCAUGAUCGGUGAUAAAGUGACGGUCCACUAUACUGGUUGGCUUCUGGAUGGCACAAAAUUUGACUCAAGCCGGGACAGAAAUGACAAGUUCUCAUUUGACUUUGGAAAAGGUGAAGUUAUCAAAGCCUGGGACAUUGCUGUGGGAACUAUGACUAUUGGGGAGCUUUGUCGGAUUACUUGCAAACCAGAAUAUGCCUAUGGCACUGCUGGCAGCCCUCCCAAGAUACCUCCCAAUGCCACCCUGAUUUUUGAGAUAGAGCUCUUUGAUUUCAAGGGGAAAGAUCUCACUGAUGAUGAAGAUGGUGGAAUAAUUCAGAGAAUCCGGAAAAAGGGAGAAGGCUAUUCCAAGCCAAAUGAGGGAGCCCUGGUAGAGAUUGAGAUAGAAGGUCGGCAUGGAGACAGAGUAUUUGACAAGCGGGAGCUGCGAUUUGAAGUGGGAGAGGGCGAAAACUAUGACAUUCCCCCUGGCCUGGAGAAAGCACUGCAGAAAAUGGAGAAGCUAGAAGAGUCUGUGGUGUACCUCAAACCCAGCUAUGGUUUUGGGAGUGCUGGAAAAGAGAAGUUUCAGAUCCCACAAGAUGCCGAGCUGCAGUAUGAAGUGAAACUGAAGAACUUUGAAAAGGCUAAGGAAUCCUGGGAGAUGAACACUGUUGAGAAGCUCGAACAAGGCUCCAUUGCCAAGGAAAAGGGCACCCAGUAUUUCAAGGAGGGGAAGUACAAACGGGCAACAUUACAAUAUAAGAAGAUUGUGUCAUGGCUAGAACAUGAAUCGGGGCUCGCUGGUGAAGAGGAAGAAAAGGCCAGGAACUUGAGACUUGCAGCCCACCUUAAUUUGGCCAUGUGCCAUUUGAAACUGAAAGAGUAUUCCCAGGCCUUGGAGAACUGCAACAAGGCCCUGGAUUUGGAUGGCAAUAAUGAGAAAGGCCUCUUCCGACGGGGUGAAGCCCGGCUGGCUGUCAAUGAUUUUGAAUUAGCCAGAGCAGAUUUUCAGAAGGUGCUACAGCUCUACCCAAGCAACAAAGCAGCGAAAGCGCAGCUCAUAAUCUGUCAGCAAAAAAUACGUGAGCAGCAUGAGAGAGAAAAGAAGAUGUAUGCCAAUAUGUUUCAGAGGCUUGCAGAUAAAGAAACAAAGCUGGAAGCUGAUACAAUCUGCAAAGAAGGCUCCAACAUGAAAGAUGAUAAACAGAAUGGAGUUGAUGAAAAAACAGACGUCGAUGUAGAAGCUUGAGGCCAAGAUCCUCUUCCAUUAGUUUUGUAAAACUAAAGAAUUUCCAGUACACUAGACCUUUAUUUUUCUAUCUGGUUGGACAAGGGGCAGAGAUUGUGGCACCACUUUGUCUGUCUGUGUAGGAAAUAUUGUUGGCAGAACAGACCUGGUAUAAUCUUAGGGACUUUUAUUUAUUCAUUUUUGCAUUCUGAAUCUGUUGUUGAUUGUGGGGGUUCUCUCAGAAUCUCUCCUUCGUUGAAUUCAUUUCCUUUUCAUUGGCCCUUCUCUCCUGUGCUUGGAUUCCAUCUUGAUCCUGAUCCCAGUUCUGCUUCUUCAGUCUGUCCCCUUGACUUUUUUUAAAGUAUUGGGGCUAUCCAUGCAAAAAGUCAUUGUAUAGGAGACUUAUGAACAAACGAAACCACUGUGUCCCUCUCCCUGCUCCAGCCUUGUUCUGUCUGGUUUCCUCUGUCAGUGCAGGCCCUCCUCCUCCCGUGAGCGAGCGUUCACCUUCCUUGUAAUGCCUCCUCCUCUGCACAUUGCUGAAGGCAAAGACUGUGAAGUCCAAAGCUUGAGCAAUAAAGCACCCAAAAAUCCUG